AUGAGAUCCUCACUGCUGCUGCUGCUGACGCUGGCCUGCUUUGCCACCGCUCAACACCAGGCCCUCAUUGACUAUUUAGAGAGGAGGCUGCUGGCGAUAGAGGACCGUAUCUCGCUGUGGCAGGAGCAGACGGCCCGGUAUGCCUCGGAGUUGCGCGAGCUGAAAGUGCAGAUGGUGUCUCAGCUGGAGGGCCUGGACAAGGAGAAGGAGGCCCUGAGGAUAAACCUGGACUCGGUGGGGACCAGGGUGGACCGUGUGGAGCGAGAGCUGGACUAUCUGGAGACGCAGACCGGAGCGCAGCCCUGUGUGGACGUGGACGACAAACUCAUCGAACAGCAAGUGUCGCUGGUGCAGGAGAAGCAGAGGAGCAAGUACCAGCAGCUCUCAGACUGCAGCGACAUGAUCUCCAGCAUCAAAGCCAUGAAGAUCCUGAAGCGUGUGGGCGGGCCUAAAGGCGUGUGGACCAAAGACACGGGCCUGAACUCUGGUAAACUUUACAUCUUCAACAGCACGGACCAAGACACAGUCUAUGAGUUUGCUUCGGUGCAAGAAUUCACCCGCUCCGCCGACUUAUCGCUCUCCAAAAAGCUCCACCUGCCCAUCUCCUUCAAAGGCACGGGUCAAGUCGUGUACCAGAACUUCGCCUACUACGUGAGCCAAUCAGAAGACAGAAUCGUGAAGUUUGAUUUGAGCAACGGCACACUCUCUGACAGCGCCAUUUUGCCUUUCCAAGACUACAUCCCCGCGUAUACAUUGAAUUCGGACACUCUUAUCGACUUGGCGGUGGACGAAGAAGGACUUUGGGCUAUCUAUGCGACCAAGGAAAGCGAUCGCUACAUCUCGUUGGCUAAAAUGGACGUGAAAACGCUGGACUUGGAGCAAAUGUGGGACACAAACUGCCCGCGGGAGGAUGCGGAGGCCGGGUUUGUGAUCUGCGGGACCUUGUAUGUGGUCUACAACACGGCGCAGCCGGGCCGCUCCAGAGUGCAAUGUGUGUUUGACGUCAACGGUUUGGUGAGCAGCGAUGAGGCUCCGCUCGUGUACUUCCCCAAACGCUACGGCGCGCAUGCUAGCCUCAAGUACAACCCGCAGGAAGAACUGCUGUACGCGUGGGACGACGGUUAUCAGAUCCUCUACAAGCUGGUGAUGACCAAGAAGCUGGAGAUAUAA